AUGGUCAUAGGUGUUUUAAUUUUUAAUUUUCUCACAGUUUCCUUAAUUUGUCUUCGAUUAACUUUUACAAAUUCAGGUUUGAAAGGCAAAGAUUCUGCUCUUAUUGUAAUUAUUAUUGGUUUGGCAAGAGGAUAUCAAAUUUAUUUUAUGGAAAAUGGUGAAUUUGAAGAAAUAAUUUCUGUUAGAAACGCUCCUCUUAAAGAUGGAUUACUUCUUCCUUUUAAUGUUGAUGGUGUCGACAGUCUCUCCACUCAUCGCCCAAUAUUUGCUUCUGUUUUCGAGGAGUACUCUUCUGAUGGGAACACUUUAAAUUUUAUUUCUUUGAGUUCUGGAGAGACUUGGCGACGGGAUAAAUUUGACACUCACAUUGCGGAAAUUGAUUUUUCUUCCAACUGUUUUUUGGUAAUGCUUGCCGACAUUAUUAUAAUUUACAACAAUAAUGACCUCAUUGAACGCUUACGUGUAAAAAUACCAAAAGGUUGUCCAGUGUUUGCCUUGUCGGGAAAUUUCCUUGCUUUUGCGGAUGAGAAUUGGAAACAUUCAUUACUUUCUUGCGGAUUUUCAACUGACAAUCAUUCAACAGACAACCAUGUAAUGUUAACAGCCAAAAAAAUAACCAAAACGAUGACUUCUUUUGGUGGUUCUAUAGUCUCCUCAAUUACUACACCUUUAAAGAAUGUAAAUAAUAAUGGAAUUAUUAAUAACAACAAUAAAACGGGACUUGUAACAAUUGUAAAUAUUGAUCCAAAUUUAAAAUAUUUUUCAACAUGUUUUAAAGCGAACAAGAAUCAAACCAGCACUAAUUUGGAUUAUUUAGCACAUUUUUGUGCUCAUAAAAAUUCAAAAAUUGGCCAUUUAAUGUUUGGAAAGGGAGGUCAAUUGCUUCUAACUGGUUCUAGUUCAUCUACUAUUUUUAAUGUUUUUCUUGUCCAUGUACACCCAAAGAAUUCAGCUCUUUCAUGCAUACAACAUAUUUAUUCCCUUGUGAGAGGAAAUUCGACUGCAAAGGUCAUUAGCAGCGUUUUUUCAUCAGACAAUCGUUGGGUAGCAAUUUCUACAAAUCAUGGAAGUACCCAUUUAUUUGCUAUUACACCUUAUGGAGGUCGUGUAACAACACGUACACAUAACGGCAAAUUUAUGAAUAAAGAAAGUCGUUUUGAAAAAACUGCUGGAAUAAUUAAUAGAACAACAAAUUGUAGUAAUAGUGGAAAUGGUGGAGGUGGUGGAAAUCAUCAACAAGUUUUUAGAAUCCAUCCUGGCACAAAAAAUUCAACAUUAAUACGAACAGUGUCUAAUGCCCAUGUAUCCAGCUAUUAUGUUAAGCCUAUUGUAUUGUGUUCAUCAGUAUUGGCUAAACAAGCAUUAUUUUCUUCUGAAAGUUUUUGUGCUUGGGCUUCCGACAAUACCAUAAAUAUUUUACAACCAUCAAAUGGUAGUAGACUCCAUCAUAAAAAUGAUUACAAUUCCAAAGAUGUUUCACCAACAGCAAAAAGGGCUGUCAUUUUUACUGACAGUUUAAUUGAUAAGCAACAACAACGUCCAUCAAUCGUCUCUUCCUUAAUAAUGCUAGAAGGUGAUGGUGUAUUAACCCAAUAUGGAAUAGAUAUUACAAAUAAUUUACAAACAUAUAAUUCAAUUAAUAUUCUUAAAAAAUCCUUGUCAAAUGAUUUACCUUCUGAUUUUGAAAGGGGCAGUUGUAAUAGAAAAAGUUGUUUGUCAAUUAAUGAUAAUAGAAGAAUUAGUAAUAGCAACAACAAUAAUUGCAACAAUGUUGUAAUUAAUGAUUCUAUAAACAAUGCAAAGUUGGUUAGAAUGACUGAGUGGGAAUUAAGCAGAAGCAACAGUACUAUAGACUUUGAAGCAGUUAACCCUCCACUUCCUCAAAACAAUUCUUUUAUGAAAUUAUAUUUAAAAAGCAAGGAGAAGAACCAAAUUAAACAACAGGAAAAGAAUUGGCUUCCGUUUUUGGAAGUUAUUACUUAUUCUGGGCCUCAUAGAAGAUUGUGGCUUGGACCUCAAUUUUGCUUCAAUGUUCAUACUACAUCUUCUACGUCUUCAGAAUGUACAGAUGAGGACUCUUGCGAAAGCUUCAUUUCCCAAGUCAAUGGUCUUAAAAAGUGUUGCCCAGUCUUAAUCGAAAGAGAACAUCAACAACAUCACCAAAUGAAUGGAUUUAUUAAAUCAAACGAGGAAAUGGUUGUAGCAAAAAUUGUUUGUGGUUCUUGGUCUUCAGAAAUAGAUUCAAAAUCAAUGGAUGGGAUAUCUGGAAAAUUGAAAGAAAAAAUUGAUGAGGCAAUGAGAGAUUUGAAUUUGAGUGAGGAAAUGGAUGAUUCGCUAGAACAAAGUCAGGAAGAAGAGGAUCUCAUGACGCUUUCAAAAAUUGAUAUUUGA